AUUACUGAAAUAAAUAUUUUUAAAAAUAUUUUUCGAUUUACGUUCCUUAGUCAUAUUUCGUUUACAUUGUAAACAAGAUGACAUUGCAUGUAUCUCGUUUACAGUGUAAACGAGAUAUGAUACGCCAGCUGCAACGUGGCUAUCUCGUUUACACUGUAAACGAGAUAAAGCGAACAGCGUCUAUAAGUAUAAGUCGUUUACAUGCUGUUCUUGGACCCGAUUUUGAUUUAGUCAAACUCUUUCUCCCUUCUUUUUACCAUUUCCUACCAUAUUUGAGUCCGAUACGGUGAUGGCACGCCAGGUGGGAAACGAUGGGACAUCAAUACACUAAACGAGACAUCGCAUUAUGCCGAGGCAGCCGACUUCGAGAAGCCUCGCCUUCUACUGCCCCGACGAGUUAGCCAUACCCUUCCUCCACCGGACGCCAUCGUCCUGUAUCUGGUUGAGGCCGGAUUCGGCGACACAGUGCCCCUCAGGGAGUUCACAUUUGACAAUUCCCUGAUUUCGGCACUCGUGGAGUGAUGGCGUCCUAAGACGCACACGUUUCAUCUCCCGUGGGGUGAGGUCACUAUCACCCUGCAGGACGUGGCGUACCACCUAGGCUUACGUGCACACGGGAACCCCGUUGGGGGAUGCCUUCGUGACUUUGGUAGGUGGUACGACAUGGAGACGUGGGCCAUGGUUGAGCAGCUGCUUGGUGACAGGCCUCCGGUGGCGGCACACCAGGCUGUGCAGAGGAAGGAGUCGUUCACGCUGAAGCUGGUUUGGUUGCAUGUUCGUGUCCGCCAGAUGCCCCCGACCGACGAUCCCGAGACCCUCCGACAUUAUGUCCGAUGCUAUAUUAUGUUAUUGAUCGGAGGGUAUCUGUUGACAGAAAAGUCCAACAACUUGGUUCACGUACUGUGGCUACCACUUCUCCGGGACUUCGCGGAGUAUAGGGUGUUAUCUUGGAGCUCUGCUGUGCUGGCCUGGACUUACCAGUCACUCUGUUUGGCGGCACAGCAGGGCGUCACGAGUAUCGCCGGUUGCCCUCCGCUGCUAAUGAGUUGGAUUUACUAGAGAUUUCCUUAGUGGUGUCCACCAGAUAGAGGAGUCUACCAGUAUCCGCUAGCUGCGAGGUUGGUUAGACUGCAGCAGCAGAGUACGGAUCAGCAUCAGGCCAGUGUCAUGUACUGGAGGGUAUCGAUUGACCGGCUAUGGUUUGAUGAGUUUGCAUGGAGAGUAUACGAUGACCCUGUGCUGCAGGCCCUGUGCCCGCACUGGUUCCAUGAGGAGGAGGAGUGGGGUACAUGGUUGUCGGCCGUUCCACUGGUGUGCUUCAACAUUGUCCGGUUUCAUCACGUUGAUUGGGUGAAACGGCAGUUCAACGGGGAGCAGUCAGUGCCAGGCAUUCCGGUGAACCUUGACAGGUAUCUGACCACCACUGGACGUGGUGAGGACGUCUGGUGGCCGGAGCGACUCCAACAGUGGUACGACGGUUGGAGGCAGAAGUUCGAGCCCGAUCGCAGCAUUACCGUCCACCAUAUGUUUGACACUAGGCCUACCAGUGAGUACUACGAUUGGUGGUGUGUGGCUUGCCGUGUGAGGCAUCUAUCGGGGCAGGAGGUUUUGGAGGACCCCAAGCUGGUAGAGUUGCCCCCCGACGUCCAGCCCACUGCCAGCCAGCCGAGAGACGAUCGGACUCUUCCGAGGGGCAUGCCAGAUCGGAGGAGACGUGCGAGGGAGUGACACUGUCGGAGGAGCCAGCUAGCCCACUGUCGCAGUGAGUGACACGCAUCUUCGGUAUCCCUUCUCUGUUCUUCUCAAUGGCGGCCAAGAGUCUCUGUGAGAAUCGGCAUCCAGCAGCCAACUGUGAUUGUGCCUUUCUCUCCUUCGUCACGAACAAAUUCUGUAAUCUCUCGUACGUGAUGUGCACAAUGGCAGAAAUCGGCAAGUACUGGGUGCCCUUCAACACUGCAUUGAUACACUCGGACAGAUUUGUCGUUGAUAAACCUCCGAUUUUGUGGUUUAUCUUGUGCUUAAUUUGGGGGAUUUUAUCAACUUUUCUCACAUUUAUUCAAUGAAAUAGCAUGGUUUUGCAAUUCUCCCUUGA